AUGCCUGUUCAUGGCCUUGUACGCGUCUCGCCCUUCGCCAUUGCACUCGUUCUGAUCACCUUCAGCGUCAAUGGGGCCGAGGCGGGGAGCGGCCUGUCAGGGCGAAAGCUGCUUGACACCAACCUCGCUGCUGGAGAUGUGGACGUGAGCUGCAAUGGGCUGGCACCCAUCAGUAUUCUCCGCUCGGUACAGGACAUACCGGCUGCCGUGCAAGAUGUUGUGUCAGCUGCGGUCCCCCUUUACAACAACAACCAGCACGGCGCGGCUGCAUGCGUGUAUGAGUCGCUACUCUGGGAACUCAUACGCAGUCCCUGGCUAAGUGGUUCUGAUCCAGUGUUUCUCCUAGCCACCCGUACGCUUAACGUGAGCCAGACACUGGCUAGGGGACGACUGUCCGUUUGGCCAGUCAAGCAGGGGACCGAUUUUGUGGGCAGUGUUGUAGUUGGUCGAGGGGUGACAGCUGGCGGAGUCAACCCAACAGCUGCCGCAUCCGGAACGACACCUGGCAGCAGUAACAGCACUAGUAUGGUUUCAAAUGGGAUUGGAUUGGCGCAAGCUCUAAACGCGGGGACAAACAACGCUUCUCAAACAGAAACGAAUCAAGGAACAAGUCAAGGAGCAAUAGCAAACGGGUCCUCAUACGCUUCUACCGAUUCGUCGAGUUCUUCAAAUGCGGGCCAAGUCGAACCGUCGGACCAAACGAGGUCCUGGGUUAUUCGGUGGGCAAUGGAGGCCCUGGUGGGGUGGGGAGACGUGGUCGGGGCAUGUAACGCCAUGGCGGGAUCAGCCCACAGCCAGCAGGCGUUGCAGAUCGCGGGUUAUCUCCGGGAGAAGUUCCCCGAGCAGUGCGCGCUCUCGCUCCUAGUUGCCACCGAGCAGCUCCGAGUCGUCUGCACCGCUGCUGCCGCCGCCCUCAGCUCCCCAAAGCCGAGGAUGCCUGCGAAUCUUGCGGCGAUUCUCGCGGCGGGGGGGUCGAACCCCAGCGUUUCUUCCCCCACGUCUCCAUCGAGUCCUUCCUCUACGGCGCAGUCGGCUUCUUACCGUAACAUCCAAGCGCUGGUGUCAACACUUGCGGACAGGAUCGGCCAGACGCCGUCGCAGUCACCCGGGGAGAGAAUGUACGUUCUCGCUGACGUCAUUUCAUUAGCUUCGAAAGCGACCCUCACGGAUACGAGCGGCACGCAAAGUUCACCGGGGGUCAGGGCCCCGCCGACUGCUUGGACCUUCGGCAACUCUCCUACAAACAACUGUCUCAAGACACAAGGGUGCACUUCUGCAAGCACGACCAGCAUUGUGGAAACAUGGCUCUUCUCUUUCGGGGGCCUAUUGGGCUUGUUGAUACUCGGGCUGGCCAUGUGUAUACUUAUAAGGCGCCACAGGAGAAACCGAUUGCUUUCCGAGAGCAGCGGAGCGUCGAUCACGCCCGUCGACGUCCCUGCUGUUGACGGCCCUCCAGAGGACCCGACCGUGCUGAAAAGUCCGCUGGCAAGGGCUCUCCGAGCCAUAACCGUCUGGCUGCCGGGUGGGCUGGCGGCCAUAGCGUAUGAGGAACGCAAGCCUCAACCAGACCCGGAAGCAGGGUCACCGGCCGCGACUCCUCGCACGCCAAAGGACCCCUGA